AGCUACGUAUGUACUAAAGGUCAUACUGUUAAUGUUAUAACAGACAUUUAAAACUGCUGCCUAACGCUUUAGUUGUCCAAUAUUUAAAGUUGCUCAAGUUUAAUUAACCCGUUGCCUAGCAACGAUUAGUUUUAAGUGAAAAACAGGCAAAAUAUUACAGAAUAGAUCGGCAUUCAUAAAAACAGUCGGCGUUAAAGGAGGUACCUGAAACAAUGGCAGACACAGAGCAAGUUCUGGAAAUGUGUGAAUUCAAACACUACCUGCCACAGAUAUACAAGACCUUAUUGAGUGCUUCAUGUCUGUCAUGUCCGAAUGACCCAAUACAGUUUCUGAAAAAUACUCUAAUGGCCUUUCAAGGACACGAGAAUCUUCAAGCUGUCAACUGGUACAAGUUUGUUGAUGAUGCAGAACAGCGCUGUGCAAAAGCAUCUCUGACUCACAAGAUUAUGGACUAUAACUUUGCUGACCCAGAAGAAAACAUGGAGUCCUUUCAUCUGGUUGAGAAGGCUCUCUCCUGUUACAGAAAGAAUUUAACAACCACAUGCUUCAGGAAGUGGAAGAGGUUUAUCAUGCAGAGCAGGAGGGAUAACAUAGAGCUGACUCUGAAGAUGGACAUGACGGAGAAGUAUCUUGAGAAGAAAUGCCAAAGCAUCAUACUCACCAGAUGGUUUAACUGGCUAAAAUUACACAAGAAGAAAAAGGCUGCUGCCAUUGACAAGCUCGAGAUACUUGUAAACAAUGGCUGCCUCAAGCGCAUCAUAGCCGCUUGGCAUAUUGUUACAAAGGACUCAAGGAGGACAAAAGAAUACUUUAAGAGAUUGGACAUGAGUUUUGCUGAAACUGGCAUUAAGGAUCUCCAGAUCACAGAGGAAUAUAGUGGACUCUUAGUGCUCCCCAGCAGCCUUUUACUGAAGAUUUUUCAGUAUUUAGGACUAAGAGACCGACUGAACUGCGCUGAAGUAUGUUGUAUGUGGAAAUCUAUCAUCCAGUCAGGCAUGCUGUGGAGCCAGAUCAACUUCUCAUCGGGGAAAGAUUGGAUAACAGACAGCACAACGAGGCAAAUUCUGCAGAAUUACCGUCCAUUUGUGAUCCAUCUCAACCUGCGUUGCUGCACAUCUUUAAAAUGGCCCAGCCUAAAGUUUAUCAGUGAGUGCAAAAAUCUGCAGGAGCUCAACAUGUCAGAGUGUUUCAAUGUUACAGAUGCAGUGGUUCAGAGGAUAGUUGACGGCUGUCCCUCCUUGCUCUACCUGAAUAUUUCAUGCACUUUCAUAACAAACAAAACUCUCGAAGAGCUGUCCAGAAACUGCCUCAGUCUUCAGUACCUGAGUCUGGCAUACUGCUGCAGAAUCACAGAUAAAGGCUUUCUAUACCUGAAAACAGGAAAGGGGUGCCACAAUCUCAUCCACCUCAAUCUGUCCGGCUGUACUCAGAUGACAGUAAAUGCUUUUAGAUACAUUUCUGAUGGAUGCCCAUCACUCAAAGAAGUUGUGAUCAAUGACAUGCCAACUCUGUCAGAUAGUUGUCUCUUGGCUCUGCUUGCCAGAUGUCGCUACCUUUCCUCCAUUUCUCUGUUGGAUGCUUCUCAUCUUUCCGACAUUGCUCUUAAAGCCAUUGCUGAAGCAGCCAAACUAAAGACUUUCAGCAUAGAGGGCAACAACCAACUGACUGAUAUCAGCUGGAAAGCCCUGUGCAGCAGCUCGCAGGACCUCUGCAGACUUCACGCUGCAGAAUGCCCAAGAAUGACCGAUAACAGCUUGAGAUCUGUGGCCACCCUCAAAAAUCUGCAAUACCUGAACAUCUCGCUUUGCAGCAGGGUGAGUGAUGUUGGGAUUCAGUACUUGACCGAAGGUUCCUCAGCCGAUAAACUGCAAGAACUGAAUCUCAGUCAGUGCAGUCGCAUAACUGACAUGUCCGUCAUGAAGAUUGCACAGAGGCUGAGUCAACUCUACCAUCUCAGUUUGAGUUACUGUGGGAAGCUGACUGACUUGGCUCUGGAGUGGUUGAGUGGUAGCUCAAUCCGCUCCCUUGACAUCACAGGUUGCUGCAUUCAGGACCAGGGACUGGCUAUGCUCGAGACAAUUCCCUUGAAGAAGAUAGUACUUGCUGAGUGUGUAUAUAUCACAGACAUUGGCAUAGAGAAACUGUGCAAGAAUGUAAGAGACCUGGAACAUGUUGAUGUUUCUCGCUGUGUAGCUCUGUCUGAUGCAGCUGUCAGAGCCUUUUCAUUCUACUGCACAGGCCUGGUCACGCUGCGGAUGUCAGGGUGCCCCAAGAUGACAGACAUGGCAGUGCAGUAUCUGACAACUGGAUCCCAGUACCUGCAAGAGCUUGACGUGAGUGGCUGUGCUCUUCUCACAGAUCGCACACUACAACAUUUGGAAAGAAUUUGUCCUCCACUUAUCUCCAUCAGGAUGAACUGCUGCAGCGGCAUUUCCAGGGCAGCUGCCUUAAAGUUGCAGCCGUGUGUCUCGUACUGGGAGUACAGCAGCGAUGACCCUUCAUGAUGGUUUGUUGGACUUGUGGUUGUGGUUGGACUUCAGUUACAAGAUCAAUCAAGACUAUUGAUACUUGGAAAGAAGUUGAGAAGCACUCAAUGAUGACACAUGUAGCAAAUACAUAUAAACAGAUCUAAAUAACUCAAGUUUUAAAAGUACCCCUCAUAUUGUGCACCCUGUUUUUGGUAGUAGUAGUUGCAAUAAAACAGUUGUUUUUGGAUCAUUACUCACUUUGUCGAGCACACCUUCAGCAUAAUCCAUAUAGUAACAGUGAAUCUGUAGUUUAAGUAUCAGAUUUCAGUUCUUUCUCUUUCUCUCUCCCUCUUUUUUGUACUGGUAGAGAAUAGAGGUCCACACUCCCAUCUGUUAGAUUGCUUUACUGACACACUGCUGUACAUGCCUGAGAGUAUAGCUGACUUCACUGUAAUGGUGUAAAAACUCAUUCAGACCAAGAUUUCAGUCUUUUAUGUUACAGUUUCUUUAGUGGUCAGUUGUAAGACUAUUUUUUUUAAGAUUUACAACCACAUGUUGCAGUAUUACAAUAUGUGAAGGCACCCUAGAUGCUGAAUGAUAAAAACAUAUAUACUUCUCCCAAAAACUUAGGGACAUUUGUUUUUUUUGUAUAUCAGAAUGAACCUAAACUGCACUGUAAACUUCACAGGUCAACUUAAUUUGACUUUCUCUAAACCUUUGAAUGCACACGUACAAUUGUG